AUGGAUGUUGACGGAAGUAAACGUAUCUUUCAACGGCUAGGUCCGGGGGCCGCCACGGCGUCGUCUUCUGGGAGUAAUUCCAAUAACAAACAGCAAAAAGGAGGAGUUAUUAAGAAAACUGAGAAACUUUGUAAUUUUUGGGUUCAGGGAAAUUGUAGCUAUGGAGAUAAGUGUAGGUAUUUGCAUUCUUGGUCUACGGGCGACUGCUUUUCCUUGUUAACACAGCUCGAAGGACACGAAAAGGUUGUUACUGGGAUUGCUUUGCCAUCUGGCUCUGACAGGCUUUAUACAGGGAGUAAAGAUGAGACUGUUAGAGUUUAUUGCCAGUCUGGGCAGUGUACAGGGGUUAUUAGCUUGGGUGGUGAAAUAGGCUGCAUGAGAAGUGAAGGCCCGUGGGUUUUUGUGGGUCUUACAAACUUCGUCAGGGCAUGGAACACACAAACAACCACUGACUUGAGUUUAAGUGGACCUGUUGGGCAAGUCUAUGCUCUUGUGGUGGGAAAUGAUUUGCUGUUUGCAGGUGUACAGGAUGGAACAAUAUUGGCAUGGAAGUUUAAUACUGCCACCAACUCCUUUGAACCAGCUGCAUCACUCAAGGGACACAAUCUUGCUGUUGUCACUCUGGUUGUUGGAGCCAAUAGACUUUAUUCUGGUUCGAUGGACCAUUCUAUUCGUGUUUGGAGCCUCGAAACUUUGCAGUGUCUACAGACAUUGACGGACCAUUCUAAUGUUGUGAUGUCUGUUCUUUGUUGGGAUCAAUUUCUAUUAUCAUGUUCAUUGGACAAAACAGUAAAGGUCUGGGCUGCUACAGAGCUUGGGAGCUUGGAAGUGACAUACACACAUAAUGAGGAACAUGGUUUGCUCACCCUCUGUGGGAUGCAUGAUUUGGAUGGCAAGCCAGUUUUGCUCUGCUCAUGCAAUGACAACUGCAUCCGCGUCUAUGAUUUACCAUCUUUUUGCGAAAGAGGGAAGAUCUUUGCGAAACAGGAGGUUCGUUCCAUUCAGACUGGUCCUCCCGGUUUGUUUUUCACUGGUGAUGGGACUGGUCAAGUGAAAGUGUGGCAAUGGUCAACGGAAUCAACUUCGACAAAAUAAAUAAGGGGCAAAGUUGAUUGAGGAGCCUGUUUUCGUGGUUCCAAUAUUUAUUGUUUUUAAAAUUUACAAGGGAAUGAAAGAAGGGAUGAGGAAAAAAAAUGUGAGUUUUGAUAUUUUGGAAGUAGCUGCCUUAACUGGAUUAGAGCCAUGGGGCUACCUUGCCAUUUACCGGAAUUGAGUAGAAGGAUUCAAUAAAUUCAAGGCGUUCAUGUGCAUUUGGCGUCUCGUUUUUAUUCUCAAUAGUUGUAAUAUGUAUCAGAGAUGCUAUUUCUUUUUUUUUGUUUCUCCUUUGGAGUCAGGUUCGGAAAAACUAUGACCACCACCCAAAUGUCAUAUGCAUGUUUCCCCUUUUCCCUCCUUUGACAGCCUCAUAAUCUUAUGACUCCUCCCUGGCAAAGCUUUUCAACAAAGCAUCACUUGUCUUCUGCAACCUGAAGGUGACAUAAGCAACAUUGCCUGAUUCGGUGGUGCCUGUGCCUCCCUAAAUUCCCCGAGGCUAUUUGGUCUUACCUUUGGAUUACAGCAAAGGUUGGGAAUUGUGUGAACUGUGAAGCUGACGUACUAUUUGUAGCGACAAUUGAGUUCACAUAUCCAUGGUGGGUUAUGUAGAAGCUUAGCUUUUACCAUCAAUUGCAAUAGUUGUGUGUGCGCCCUUUCCUCACUUGUCUAUAGGGGCUUCUCCCUUGUUUGUAAUUCUUCAUUGGAUUCGGAAGGAAUUGUGAAAUUUGCCAAGGGAAGGAGAUGGAAGAGGUAGAAUCAUCAUGUGAUCA